UUAAUUGGGGUUGUUAUUUUUGGCUCCCGCUAUGGUUUGAAGUAACAAUAAAAUAACACCUUUCGUUACAAUGACCACUUAGCUAACGCUCUCUUUCUUCAAACAGUUGGUGAUGGUGGUUACGGAGAAGAUGAUUAAAAUCGACAACGUCAUUGGGAAAGAACCAGCACGAAGAACGUGAUUGUGAAGAGCAAGUUUCUGGAAAGAAAGAGAAUGUUUAAGCUUCAUAAGCAUAGGAAUGGCAAAUUAGGUGACAGAAUUGAGUUCAGAAUUUCGAAUCUAAAGGCGCUUCAGGUACCAAAGGGGUGGGACAGGUUGUUUGUUUCUCUUGUAUCCGUGGAAAAUGGUAAAACACUUGCAAAGACAAGCAAAGUGGCAGAGUUUAAUGGAAGUUGUCAGUGGUCUGAUACUUUAACGGAAUCUAUAUGGGUUUCUAGAGAUAAGUCGUCCAAGAAAACUGAUGAUUGUCUCUUCAAGCUUAUUGUUGCAAUGGGAUCAUUAAAAUCUGGAAUUCUGGGAGAGGCCAGAAUUAGUAUGACCAGCUAUGUGAGCUCAGAUACUGCUGUUCCACUUUCAAUCCCUCUAAAUAAGUGCAACCAUGCCACAGUUUUGAAUGUAACAAUGCAGUGCCUUACACCAAGAAAACCCAGGGAUCAAGAAUCAAGCAAAGAAAAUUCUCAUUUGAAGGCUAUGAAUGAAAAUAACCAUGAAGUGGCUGUCAAGUCAAAUAGAUCUGAUUCUUCAUAUCUACAGAGUGUUACAUCUUCCUCUGUUGAUGACGUGGGCUCCAGCUUAUCCCCAGGAGAAGUUGACACUAUGGCAACGAGUCUUUCUGAUUCUGUAUCAAAUUACAACUAUAAUUUAGCUGAGGAUUCCACAGGAAGGGGAAAUUUCUCCCCAUGCAUUAGUGACGGGCGGAGUCCAACGAGAAGAAAAGACUCAACCAGUUCCCAGAAAAGUGUAUCCCAUUAUGAAUACCCUGUUAAUAAUACUUCUCAGCCGAAUCGUUCAUCAUUUAGUUCCCAAAAUAUGCAAGACAUUGGUGCAUCAUCUUUUAAGACGACCCAUGGUUCUAACAACAGUUCUGAAGUUGCAGAAGACACUAAUGAAGAGCUACGGGCAGAAGCAAAGAUGUGGGAAAUGAACGCCAGAAAGCUGUUAGGGGACUUGGAGAUGUUGAAAACAGAAUUCUCAUAUCAAUCUAAAAAGAUGACAGGCCUGGAAACGGACCUUUCAACAGCAUAUGUAGAACGUGAUAGUUUGAAAAAAGAAGUUGAGCAGUUAACAUUGUCAUUAGGAGAUCCAAUAGUGAUACAAAAAACUUUGGAAGAUUCGACAUCUCAAAUUGAAUGCAUUCCAGAAAUUGAAAAUGCUCUAAAAGAUGAAUUAAAGUUUCAGAAAGACUACAAUGCCAACUUGUCUUUGCAACUAAAGAGGAGCCAAGAAGCAAAUGUGGAGCUUGUUUCUGUUCUCCAGGAGCUGGAAGAAACCAUAGAACAACAAAAACUUGAUAUAGAAAACCUUUCAUCAUUACCAGCAAAACUCAGUACUCUGGAAAAAUCUUUCCAGCUAAGUGAAGAAGGAAAUAGGAUCUUUAUGCAACAAAUAAAACAGUUGGAGGAAUCAAAGAAAAAUCUGAUGGCUGAGGUGCAAGAACUGGAAGAGGCGUUGGAGGAUAAAAUUCAAAACAUCGAACAAGCAAAGUUUCAAAACAACAAAGCACUUUCAUAUAUUGAAAUGGAAUAUGAAAGCAAGUUAUCUGCUGAAGAGAAGGAAAUUUCGUUGUAUCAUACUUUUCCAAAAUUUUCGUUGUAUCAUAUUAUAAAAUUGAAUAAACAAUCAUGGUUCUUCUGAUUUAUUAUUUAUCAAGAAAAUUUAAAUUA